AUGAGGGAAGUGUGGGGGAUAGGGAAAAGAAUGUGGAAAAAGGACUGGAGAAGAAGGAUCUGGCUGUAUGAUACUCUGAUAUGGACAGUGAUGGGAUACGGGGCAGAAGUGUGGGGGUGGAAAGAAAGGGUGGAGGUAGAAAGUAUACACGAAAGGUAUAUUAGAUGGAUAUUUGGGCUAAACUGGAGGACACCCGGAUAUAUGGUGAGAGAUGAAGUGGAGAGAGAGAAGAUGAGAGGCAGGGCAAGCAAGAGAGCGUGGAAGUUCGAAAAGAAAUUAGAGGAAGGCAACGGAGGGGGAAUAGCGAGGAAAUGCCUAGAGGAAAUGAAAGAGAGAUGGAAGAGGGGGAAAAUAAUAGGAAAGUGGGAACAAGAAAGGAAAAGUUAUCUGGAAGAGCUGGGGGUGAGAGUUGAAGAGGAGGAAGAGUUAGAAGUGGAAAAUCUGGAGAGCAGAGAGAAGGCGAAGCAAAAACAAGAAAGGAUGGAAAAGAUCGUAGAAUCAAAAUACAACAGGUGGUAUAAAUGCAUAAGGAAGGACGGGAUUCCAGGAUACCUCAAGAAAAACUGGGAGGAAGAAAGGUGGAGCAGGGUCGCGAGGUUCAGACUUGGGAAUGAAAUAAGGGAAGGAUUGCAUUGGGAAAAAAAGGAGAAUAGAAGGUGUAGGAUAUGCGAGAGGGAGGAGGAAACCUGGGAACACAUAUGGGAGGAGUGUACGAGAUGGAAGAAAUGGGAUGGAGAGGGGUGGCAGGACGUGGUGGAGAAUUUACUAGGAGAGGGGGGAGAGGGAGAGGAAUGGAUGAAAGCGAUAGAGGAAAGUAGACAAGAGGGAGGGAGGAGAGGGGAAGUGAUGGAUAAGAGAACAGUGUGA